UCGGAAGUAGCUCGUGUGAUUGUGUGACAGUUUCGUCUGCACGUCAGCGCACGCGUCUGUGCCCACUGUAGCGCGCUCAGGUCCCCGUGCAGCUCCCGUGCAGGCCCCAUGUCUAAGGACGCGGAGAUCGUGGAGUCCAAGGUGCUGUGGCGUCCGGAUUCCAAGACAGUCACGCAGAUGGACCGGUUCCGCGCUCGGGUGAACCGACACUUCGGGCUUCAGCUCGCUAACUAUGACCAGCUGUACCAGUGGUCGGUGGAGAACUACCCUGAGUUCUGGGCAGAGGUUUGGAGGUUCUGUGGAAUCACCAGCUCAACCAUGUAUGAAGAGGUGGUUGACGUGACGAAGAAGACUUCUGAUGUGCCGGAGUGGUUUAAGGGCAGCAGACUAAACUACGCUGAGAACAUACUUCAGCACAAGGACCAGGACAAAGUUGCCAUCUAUGCUGCCCGUGAGGGGGAGGAAGCGAUCGUCAAGGUGACGUUUGGAGAACUGAGACGUGACGUGGCCCACUUCACCACAGCCAUGAGGAAGAUGGGUAUUAACACGGGUGACAGGGUUGUAGGUUAUCUCCCUAAUGGAGUUUAUGCAGUAGAGGCCAUGUUAGCAGCUGCCAGUAUUGGAGCUAUCUGGAGUUCCACAUCCCCAGACUUCGGAGUCAAUGGUGUACUGGACAGGUUUUCUCAGAUCCAGCCGAAACUGAUUUUCUCUGUCGCUGCUGUUGUGUAUAAUGGAAAACAGCACGACCACAUGGAGAAACUCCAGAGCGUCGUCAAGGGUCUUCCUGAUCUGAAGAAGGUAGUUGUAAUUCCUUAUGUUCGUUCCAGACAAGAAAUAGACCUCUCCAAGAUCCCCAACAGUGUGUUUCUGGAGGAUUUCUUGGCUCUGGGAAAAGAGGGCGAUCAGGACCCUCAGCUGGAGUUCGAGCAGUUGUCCUUCUCUCAUCCUCUCUUCAUCAUGUUCUCCUCGGGCACCACGGGCUCUCCCAAGUGCAUGGUGCAUUCUGCCGGGGGUACGCUCAUCCAGCACCUUAAAGAACACAUUCUGCAUGGCAACAUGACAAGCAGUGAUGUCAUCAUCUAUUACACCACGACUGGGUGGAUGAUGUGGAACUGGUUGAUCUCCUCUCUGGCUGUUGGGAGUUCGGUCGUCCUGUAUGAUGGCUCUCCUCUCAUUCCAACUCCCAACGUUUUAUGGAACUUGGUGGACCAGCUGGGGAUCACCAUAUUUGGCACCGGGGCGAAAUGGCUGUCUGUCCUAGAGGAGCGGAAUCUAAGACCAGCCAAUACUCACAGCUUGCACAGUCUACACACCAUUCUGUCCACUGGCUCUCCUCUCAAGCCCCAGAGUUAUGACUACGUGUACAACUGCAUCAAGACCAAUGUUCUCCUGGGCUCCAUCUCAGGUGGCACAGACAUCGUCUCCUGCUUCAUGGGUCAGAACUGGACAGUACCCGUGUUCAGGGGCGAGAUCCAGGCGCGCAACCUGGGCAUGGCUGUGCAAGCCUGGAGCCCAGAAGGUAAGCCUGUGUGGGGAGAGAGUGGUGAGCUGGUAUGUUUGAAACCAGUUCCCUGCCAGCCCACACACUUCUGGAAUGAUGAGAAUGGGAGCAAAUACCACAAGGCAUACUUCUCCACCUUCCCAGGUGUGUGGGCCCAUGGUGAUUACUGCAAGAUCAACCCACAGAGUGGAGGAAUCGUGAUGUUGGGCCGAAGUGAUGGCACUCUCAAUCCUAAUGGUGUUCGUUUUGGGAGUUCUGAGAUCUAUAACAUUGUGGAGGCCUUUGAGGAAGUGUCCGACAGCCUUUGCGUUCCCCAGUACAACAGUGAUGGGGAGGAGCGGGUUAUUCUGUUCCUUAAGAUGGCUCAUGCUCAGGUGUUCAGCCCCAACCUGGUGGGGAGGAUCCGUGCGUCCAUCCGAGUGGCGCUGUCUGCACGUCACGUGCCUGCUCUCAUACUGGAGACCAAGGACAUACCAUACACCAUCAGUGGUAAAAAGGUGGAGGUUGCGGUGAAGCAGGUGAUCGCUGGUAAGGAAGUGAGACAGCGUGGUGCCUUCUCCAACCCGGACUCACUGGACCUGUACAAGAAUCUGCCUGAGCUCCAGAACUUCUGAACACCAGCUGGACCCACCCACUGGAGCUCCAGAACCUCUGAACUCCUGCCGGAGGAGAACCUCCAAAUCCCCUCUGCUUCAGAGGUUCUCAGCACCUCUCAGGCCUUUCUGGCCAUCUAGAGAAAUCCAGUGAAAUGACCCUACACCUGUGGGAAGGGUCCGUGUCAAAGCAGCUUAGUGUUUUCAGUUCACGCCUGAGAAACCCCUCACCCCGUAUUCAGGACUCACUCACCUGACGUCCACUCAUAACUCUCCUUCCUUCAUUUUCUCUCUCUCAUGGACAAACAUAUAAACAGUGAUGGUGUCAUUCGUGUCUGUCUUAUGGUUUUGUGUAAGAUGAGUUUGUAACUUCGUUCCAAAUGUGUCCGAGGGCACUGCAGUCAGCUACAUGUAGAGGGCGCUGUCAGAGCAACUCAUAAAGUACAGAGAAUGUUAUGGAAAGAGUGUGUGAGUUGGUUUGUAGCUGCUGUGAUGGAAGGCAGGAGAGGUUACAUGGGUGGAUUUUUGUUGGCAGUGAGGUGGCAGGUGCCACUUUUACUGAAUGUGUUUUACAACAGUUGCUGUGGCAUUGCUUUCAAAAAGUUGAAUGUUGUGAAGAUCGUCCAGUGCGUGUUCUGGCUACUUGUUCGUGUCAGAUUUAUGUGGUUCAUAAAUUCCAAAACCUGAUGCCCAUUACAGAAGUUCUUUGGUGUCAGAUGAGUGUGAGAAGGCAGAGUUGGUGAACAUGGAGUUGUUUCCUGGUUAUUUCAUGGUCACCAUGGUUAACCCCUUCCUCAGAAACAUCUGAUGUCCGAUGUCUUGGAUCAGUUGUCGUUCUCGCUGAUAAAUGGGGGAGGAUGUUUCUGGCAGGAGGGGGAAUUCUCUGUCUGGGUUUCUGAUGGAUGCUUUAUCAAAUCCUCACCAUGGAACUUCUGAAGGUUUGCGGUUCUUAUCAGUCUCUUCAGCGUUGGAGAUCAGAGCAGGAAGCACUGUGAAAGCCUCUCCUCUUGUCUGGGAAGAUGAACACGCAGAGUCUGUGGGGUCAGUGCGCAGUGUCUGGCAGACUGAAUUCUGAGCUAUAUUUAUAUUUUUUCUGGCAACACCUAGGUGUCUGCAGUCUUUUUUUAUCCCUAAGAGUGAGAUGAUCAUGAUGUUGAGCUUUGGGUGUUAAAGGGACAAACAUUCACUGAAUCCUACAACCAAAUAAUUUUUUUUGACAUUUUUGAAUGUGUAGAUUAAUCUUUUUAUAUUGUCUGAUGCCAUACUUUAUAUAUAGAAUGGUAAAAUGUCCUAUAUUGGUGUUUUCAAGGGAGAGAAAGUUUCAAACAAAUUUUAAACGAUCCUGGAUCCUGUCGUAUAAAUUCCAGCCCGCCUUACAAAACGCUGCUGCUCAGAACACUGUUGUGGUUCUCCCAGUAACAUUCAUCACAGCUGUACUCAGGAGUGCACAGGAGUGUUUACGAAGCUACUUCUACAGUUGCAGUUGCUUUUCUCACUGGUUACCAUUCUCACUGGUGUGUGAGGAACUGUGGUGGUGGUGGUGAUUGGAGGUUCAGUAGAUGGUUAGAUGGUGGUAAGAGUAAAGCUUUGUUGAGGUUGGGGUCUGCUUCACUGUGCUCAUGACCUGCUCCUCCUCCAACACCCAGAAUCCCUGGAGCUGCUAAAGACCCUACAGGACGGACCAGGCCAUCAUGUGCCAUCUGUCUCUCUUUGUCUCCGCAUGGUCUCUGAGCCAGAGGACACUGGGUCUUACUGAUCAGAUCCGUCACUGGAUAUCACAUCAGAGACAGCUGUCCAACUCCAGACCUUCAGAUCCAAAGUCCUGGUCUUGGCUUUGUUAUUUGGUAGUUUGUUGGUGUUGUAGACCACAGGGCUCUACAGGCUGUGUAGCUUCAUCUAGGACCUCAGGUGUGGGGACAACUGCUGCUCAGGUAACGGAAGUUCCAUUAACUACCAGGAAUUACAAAACCCAGGAACAGAUUUUCAGUUUGAGGUGGAGAGCUGAAAGCUGUUCGUCUGUCAUUCUGUCACAUUCCUUGAUUUCUUCAUGUUGCCUUUUUUUUUUUUUUUUUUUUUUUUGAUUACAUACUACAUCUACAUUAAGGCUCAACUGGAAUGUUUUUAGGUUAUAUAAUCAUGUAUUUAAAUUUAUGUAAAUGUGUUGAAUGUAUAUGAAAUAUUAAUCUCUAAUGACUAAUAUAUUUCUGCUUUGAAAUAAUUGUAUUGAACAGUGUUUAAAUGUGAAUACUUGUGUAUAUAAAUAUGCACUGUGUAAACACCUAUCAGCGACAACAUUAAACCCACUGACAGGUGAAGUGAA